AUGAAAGACUGUCGCUGGCUACCUCUGCAAAGAGUGAUCUACCCGUCGGUGGAUUACCCGUCAGCAAAGAUGUCCCAGUCCACAGCCGCUGACGAGGGGACGACCUUCGAGCACCUGUGGAGCACAUUGGAGCCGGACAGCACAUACUUCGAACUUCCCCAGAACAGUCACCCCGGCAGUCACGACGCCACCAGCGGCACACCUUCCAGCCGUGCCGAGGUCUGCAUGGAUGUUUUCCACAUGCGGGACAUGAACGAGAGCGUCAUGUCCCAGUACAGCCUCCUGAGCAGCAGCAUGGAGCCCAGCCUGGGGGGCCGAGCGGCCUCUGCCAGCCCCUACAGCUCCGAGCACGCCUCCAGCGCGCCCGCGCCGUCGCCCUACUCGCAGCCCAACUCCACCUUCGACGCCAUGUCGCCGGCCCCCGCCAUCCCCUCCAACGCCGACUACCCAGGACCACACGGCUUUGAGGUCACCUUCCAGCAGUCCAGCACCGCCAAGUCCGCCACGUGGACGUACUCGCCCUUGCUGAAGAAGCUGUACUGCCAGAUUGCCAAGACGUGCCCCAUCCAGAUCAAACUGUCCACUGCCCCGCCCCCUGGGAGCGUCAUCCGCGCCAUGCCCGUCUACAAGAAGGCGGAGCACGUGACCGAGGUGGUGAAACGGUGUCCCAACCAUGAGCUGGGUCGCGAUUUCAACGACGGCCAGGUGGCUCCAGCCAGUCACCUCAUCCGAGUGGAAGGGAACAACCUGUGCCAGUACGUGGACGACGCUGUCACAGGCCGGCAGAGCGUGCUGGUGCCCUACGAGUCUCCGCAGGUGGGCACAGAGUUUACCACGAUCCUCUACAACUUCAUGUGCAACAGCAGCUGCGUGGGAGGCAUGAACCGGAGACCUAUCCUCAUCAUCAUCACCCUGGAGAUGAGAGAUGGCCAGGUCCUGGGUCGGAGGUCGUUCGAGGGCCGGAUAUGUGCAUGUCCAGGGCGCGACCGCAAGGCGGACGAGGACCACUUCCGGGAACAGCAGGCCCUAAACGACAACGUGGCCAAGAACAGCAAUACCAGCAAACGCACUUUCAAGCAGACGCCAGCGUCCAUUCCAGGACCUGCUGUCAACUUCAAAAAGCGCCGACAUGGAGAGGAGGAGAUCUACUAUAUUCCUGUGCGGGGCCGGGAGAACUUUGACAUCCUGAUGAAGAUCAAGGACAGUUUGGAGCUGGUGGAGCUGGUUCCCCAGCAGUUGGUGGAGUCCUACAGACAGCAGCAGCAGCUCCUGCAGAGACAGAGCCACGUAUCCGCCCCCCCCUCCUCCUCCUAUGGCUCCCCCAUGCCCAACAUGAACAAACUCCACGGGGGCAUCGGCAAGCUGCCAGCCGUGAACCACCUGGUGGGCCAGUCCCAGCAGAGCCCUGGGCCCCUCCCUGGCAUGACGCACAUGGGUUCCAACAUGCUGAACAGCCAUCACAUGCAGGCCAACGGCGACAUGAACGGGGGCCACUCCGCCCAGACUAUGGCGUCCGCCUCGCACUGCACCCCCCCCCCUCCGUAUAACCCUGACCCCAGCCUCGUCAGUUUCUUAACCAGUCUUGGAUGCCAAAACUGCAUUGACUACUUCACAUCCCAGGGCCUGCAGAGCGUGUAUCACCUCCAGACCCUGUCUAUGGAGGACCUGGGGGCCCUGAAGAUUCCCGAGCAGUUCCGCCUAGCCAUCUGGCGGGGUCUGCAGGACAUGAAGCAGGGCCACGACUACGGGCAGCAGCUCAUCCGCUCCAGCAGCAACGCGGGCAUCGGGCCGUCGGGCGAGCUGCAGCGGCAGCGUGUCAUGGAGGCUGUACACUUCCGCGUGCGCCACACCAUAACCAUCCCCAACCGGGCCGGCACCGGCGAGGACUGGGCCGACUUCGGCUUCGACAUGCCAGACUGCAAAGUGCGCAAGCACUCCAUCAAGGAGGAGUUUGCCGAGAGCGACAUCCACUAGGUCGUCGCCCAUCUGGCCUUGUAGCUACACUAUUCACAUCCUUAUUUAAAGACUGAGAAUCUUCCGGAAUCAAUAGAGGUUGUGCUCGGCUUCAGCUUAUAUGACCAUUAUGACCUAUCAAAAACAACUGUUCUUUCCCAUUAUUUUUUCCUAUUUCCUAUAAAGCACUCCCAAACUGAGGUUAUUUUCAGUCAGUCUUGCCUACAGUCUUUGGCCAGUUUGGAUAGUUCACCUCUGUCUCUUUUCCCAGGUACUCGCAGCCUUUUAUCUUGAGAAAACGGUGACUUUGAUCGAUAAUCAGAGGCCGGCCUGCCAUCAUGUAGCUGGGACAGUUUUUUAGCGGGAUUCUUGGGUCCCGGCUCACGUAGCUAAGCUCCCCGCAUGUGUGUCGUGGUCACAACCUCAUAUUCUCUCUACAUGGGCAGAAGCCAAGGCCUCUAUGGACCACAGAAAAGCCCCUCGCUGGUGCCUCGCCCAGUUCCCCCUCGACUGUAAUACUGCUGUUCCCUACUCCGUCUAAGUGGCCAGCAGCUUGCUAAUUUAUUUAACUGCCAACUUACGAAUGUGGGGGGAAAAUGUAUUGGUUGAACAAAAUGUGUCAUCAGUUCUUUUCUUCUGUGUACAUAUACAUGUAAAACAAAAUGUGGUUUUGUUCUCAAUCAACAGAAAGUGUUCAUUGAUGUGUUGAAAUGUAUCACGUUAUACAUAGAUCAAUCGGCAGAAAAAUGGCCGUAUGCUUCACAAAUGUGGAUUUUAAAUACACAGCAUGUGUACAUGUGCAAGGGAGCACAUGUAUGACCCAUUCCACCCGCACGUCUGCUUUUGCCGUGGAAACAAAUUCUGACUAUUGAACAUGCUCCGUGUGGUUUUACAGUGCAGUAGUUUUGAUGGAGACUGAAUUCAUGGUAAGAAAUACAGAGACGUUGCGAAUCAUUAGCUUUGUCCUUAGUUUAUGGUAUUUUGAAUAGGUCACAGCUCUCCUUCAAACCCACCGUAUAGCUUGGAUUACAGCAAGAGAUCGUUUCUGUAACUAGAUCGGCCGGCUGUUGGAUACCCUUAGACUGAAAUUUCUCUACUGUUGAAAAUCAAGUACAACUAACUAAAUGCAGUAUUAUGGGCUGGAUAUGCAUACUUACUGUUUUUCAAAAGUACUAUAAGCACAUUUGGUAUUGGUAGACACUAGAGGCAUUCUUAUUGUAUUAUAAUAUAAAUAUAUAGAAAAUAUAAAUGUUCUUUAAGGAUGGAAAAUUGAUAUCUUUUCCCUUUAGGAAUUUGCUGAUUGAGCAGUAACCAUCGAAAGGGAAAUAAUAUUUAAUCCACGGGGCUGGGCUGGGUUGUGCAACUUCGAAUCAAACUGGAUUCUGGUCAGGAAUUGGAAAUGCCAGUGUUCUGUGGCAGACUUGGCUGUUGGAAGCUCAAUGAGUGUAACGAUGGUUCCUGUUGAGUAACAUCACUGAAGUGUUCAUUGUCGACUCACACCUUUUGAUAGGAUCGUUUUUCUUAAUCCUGGUCACCCAUGGAGAAUGCCGGUUUCUGAUCAAGCUGGGCUCUUAAUUAGCUUUGGUUAAUGCAUAGUUGAAGACUUGCUGUAUUAAAAAAAAAAAAAAAAGCCUGUUAUCCCGUAGAUCAACUUUCUGUUUCUCCACCUUUAAACCACAGCCAAGAAAUCAAAGGAAUGACAAUUUGCUGAAUAACAGAAUCAGAUGUACAGUCGCUACAGCAAAACUGUAGAUGCAUUAUCCACUAUGUAAAGCCACAUUUAUGUUAAUCAAUUAAUACUUAAAACUCUGCAAGAUACCAGUUGAGCAAAUUCUCAACUUUCAGGAUUGGGAUUAAGACCCAGGGAAUGCGUCAAGAUGCAAAAUUAGAAGUGACAGGAGAUCAUGUAGUUCUGUACUCCGCUACUCUGGCCUGAACGUGUUGGUUGCGCACCCAGCUAUUGCAAAUAGAUUUUCAUGAUUUUGAAAAAUAUUUCAUUGUGUUGUGUGUAUCCAUGUUAGUCUUUGAAUUCCAGUACCAUGCUGACAACCCGUCUUCCGCUUUCAGUCUUUCACGGAACAGUUUUUUCCCCUUAUAUUUGUAAAUAAUUAAUAAUGACAAAGGGAGACAUCGACAGCAUUAAUCAUGCUAAGUUUAAGUUUAGUCCUUUUGCAAUAUUCAGCGUGAUAACAGUGUGAAGUGUUUUUGCCUGUAUAACAAAAGCUAGAACUGAAAUCUUUUUGGUUUUUUGUUUUGAUACUCUUACCUUUAAUUAACAUUGUUUUUUUUUUAUUGUUUUUUAAUGGUCUGAAUGUCCUUGCAGGGCAAGGUGUCGUAUUUAUCUCUGAAUUAUACUCCGAGAGAAACCCUC